UGCCCCCCCAGCACCCCCACGAGCCUUGAACCCGUCGGGGGUCCCGCUGCCGCCCCCGACCCCGCAGCCAUGCCCCCGGUCUCCUCCCUCGUCCACCUCUGCGCCCGCCGCCUGGCCGGCCACGCCGCCGGCGCCCGCCGCGCGCUGCCGCUGCUGCCGGCCGAGCUGUACCCGGCGCUGCUCGAGGCCGCCUUGGCGGAGCAGCGGGCGCCGCUGCUGCGGGACCUGGUGCGCUCCUGGCCCUACCCCGUCCUGCGCCUCCCGCGCCGCCUGCGCCGCGCCCGCCGGCCGCCCGGCAAGCUGUGCGUGCAGGCCCUGCUCCUCGCCGUCACCGCCGGCCUCCGCCGCGACGCCAGCGCCAGGCCGUGCCUGCGGGUGCUGGACAUGACGGGCCUGCAGGAUGGUGCUGAGCAGGGCCCCGACAGCCUCAGCCUCUGGUCGGGGACGGUGCUGCUGGCCAAGGCCUGCCUGGAGGCGUCGCAGCGCCGCGAUGACCAGCACGACGCCGAGCGGCUCGAGGGCUCGCCGGGCUCAUCGCCGCCACCGCCCUCGGUGGAGGUGCGCGUCGACCUCUUCGUCAACAGCACCUCGGGACCCAUCCUGCGCGCCGCCCUGCGCGCCGGCGGGGCGCUGCGCCUGCGCUGCCGCGACUUCCACGCCGAGGAGCUGUCCCUGGGCGCCACGCUGGCCUUGCUGGAGGCGCUGGAGCCGGCCGGGCUGCGCCGCGUCGACCUGCGCUUCAACAACCUGGGGCUGCCGGGCUUGGCCGAGGUGGUGCCGCGCCUCGAGCGCUUCCCCGACCUGGUGAGCUUGAGGCUGCCCUACAGCAACGUGGACGCGCGGCGGCCGGGGGCGGAGGACGGGCUGCGGCGCCUGGCGGAGGGGCUCGGCCGCCUGCAGCGCCUGCGGGAGCUGAACCUGGGCUCCUGCCGCCUCUCGGGGCGGCUGCGGCAGCUCCUGCGCGCCUUGCAGUGCCCGCUGGAGAGCCUGGAGCUGCCCUUCUGCCACCUCCUCCCCGGGGACCUCGCUUACCUCGUCCAGAGCCCCCACGCGCCCGCACUGAAGAAGCUCGACCUGAGCGGCAACAACCUCUCCGAGGACCUCCUGCUGCCCUUCCUCCAGCUUUUGGCGACGGCCUCGGGCGCCCUGCGCCACCUGGACGCCAUGGAGUGCCGCCUGGCGGACGCCCACCUCGAUGCCCUGCUGCCAGCGCUCCGCCGCUGCGCCCGCCUGGGCUACCUGGGCGUUUUCGGCAACCCCCUGACCUGGCGGGGGGUGAAGGCGCUGGCGGCGGGCACGGCGCCGCUCGCCGCCCUGCGCCUCGUCGUCUACCCGCGCCCCGUGGAUCUCUGCGGCGACGAGGACAACGGCGACGACGUCCCGGAGGACGAGGAGCGCUCGGAGGCGCUGCAGGAGGAGCUGCAGCAGAUGCUGCGCGGCGCCGGCCGGGACGAGGCCGUGUGGACCACGAGCCUGAGCCGCCACGGCGCCCUCGACUACUUCGCGCUGUAGCGCGGGCGGGCGGCGGGAGCACGGGAGCGCUGUAUAAAUCGGUGUCUUUAA